AUGUCGUGGAUUUGGGAUUGGUUUUCUAGUGUGCUAAACUUCCUAGGACUUAGUAAGAAGAAUGGAAAGCUGGUGUUCCUUGGUCUGGACAAUGCUGGGAAAACCACUCUCCUGCACAUGUUGAAAGACGACAGAAUGGCACAACAUGUGCCUACUUUGCACCCAACGUCUGAGGAAUUGACUUUGGGAGGCAUUCGAUUCACCACUUUCGACCUUGGCGGCCACGCACAGGCGCGUCGUGUCUGGAAAGACUACUUCCCUGCUGUAGAUGCCAUAGUGUUCUUGAGUAGCCGGGAGCUCGCUAUUUUGGAUUCUAAAUGGAACAAGAAAAAGUCGACAGCUCUUAAGCGAAGAGCAGUUGAAGUGGCAUCUCGGAGUUCAACACAUGUGUACGGGAAAAGGUAG